AUGCAGCAUUUCUUUGUUUCUCUUUUACUGCUGAAGCAGGAGAAAAUAAAAAGAGAGUCAGAGGACCUCAAGGGUUGUGUGGAUAUCUCUGCUCUAGAAGAUGAAGAACCAGUACUAACAGCAGCAGCAGCGCCUCCUGCUGCUGAUGCUCCUGCAGCUCCAGGUGCUGCUGCGGACUCCUUUGGUGGUGCUGCCUGCUCUGCCGUCACAACAGCAGCAGAAACAGCAGCAGCAGCGGCAGCAGCAACGAAAGCAGAGACUUCAUUUUUGGAUGAAGACGAGUGCAUUCUAGCUGCUAUGCGUUUAUUAGUUUAUUUCUCGCCGAGGCAAAAAGGCGAAAUAUACCAGCAGGUUAUAAACGCCCUGAGGCAAUACGGCCUCGAAAACUUGGCCGGCGAAGUGGAACUCGAGAGGGCCAUGGGAUGGCUGCGGGAGGGUAGAGAAGAAGCAGCAAUUGCUGCCUACAAAGCAUGUAACAGUAAAGGCAGCAGCAGCAGCAGCAGCAGAGUUUCGCUGCUGAAAGCAGCAAUUAAUUUGUCUUUCAUUUUCGUACUCGAGGGGGACCUGCAGCAAGCGGACGUCUACGCAGACAUGGCGCUUGCUGCUGACAGGAAGGAAGAAGCGGUUUCUGCCUUGCUGCGGCUGCGGUCGCUCUUUCCUGCCCACGCUGAGGCUCUUUUCCUCCUCGCCAAAAUAUACGAGCAGCAAGGGCAGCUGCACUCAGCGCUAGAGGCUCUGGCGCUGCUUGCCUCGCCGUCUCUGCGACCCCAAGACGCAAAAGUAUGGAGAGAAAUGGGGCGGCUCAGCGAGAGCUUGAACAUGCGCCAAGAGGCCCUAGGCCACUACAGAGAGGCCUAUGGGCUACGUCCUUGGGACCUUGGGACUACCAGCUGGCUAGGUGUGUAUUUGCUGCGCGAGGGAUCGUACACUGAAGCGAUUGACUAUUUCUCUUUGUCUUCUUUGCUUCGACCGGAAGAACUAAAAUGGAAACAGCUACAAGCCUACUGCAUGCGCAAGGCAGGGCUCCUGCCAGAUGCCUUGAGACUCUAUGAAGAAUUGCACACACUGAACCCUGAGGAUGUCAACGUAACUAGAGAGCUAAACAAGACUAAGGCGAAGCUCGGAAUGCUCAAAGACGGGUCGCUCUGA